AGCACAAGUUGACCGGAAAGUUCUCGCUGUCCGGACACUCACAACUGAAUUCUGCUGAGUGCGAAGGGAAGUGGAAGCUUUGGCUUUGACGUAAGUUUUCUCAUGAUACUAUUUUACUGCGCAAUGUAAAUGCAACAUUUGUUUUACUGAACUUGAAUGGUACAGUGUAGCCUAGCCUACAUCAUUAAUCUUAAGCGAAUAAUCAUUAUCGAAAUAUAAUACUUAUAACAGCUGGAUAGCCUAUGCAUAUUGAUUUAAAAAAAUGUUAUUAAAAUGUUUGUUGUUUCUCUAUAAAAAAGUUUUUUUUGAGUCAGAACAUUUUUAUUCUCUUUUCAUUGGUCUUUGUCAAUUAUUUACAUUCUGUUGUGUGAAUAAAUACGAGUGAUUUGGAAGAAUCAAUAGGGCAAUGGGUAACCUAUACACUUUUUAUUUGUCCCUGCCUGUAUCUUGCCUGUGUCCGUUUGUCCGCGUGAGCGUGUCGCGUGGGCUGAUGAAUAUUUGAUUUAUCAUUCUCUCUGUAAACCAAGUGUUUCAGAGAUUAAAAGAGGUCAAACAUGCUAAUAUGUUAUUCACGCUUGUUAUCCACUCCUGUUGGCCAGGAGUGAAUAUAGUUUUACAGUAGAUCAGGUGAUAAAGCCUAACCUUUCCAAUGGUCUGUCCCUACGUAUUCUGGCCGGCCAGCCUCUCCCCUCGCCUCCAGCAGCAUUCAAACCGAGACAAAGCGCUGUCCAACUGCACAAGUGGUUGAAAGAAACAUGGGGUCCACUGUACAACUGUGCUCGGUGCUGCUGGUUGUAUUUCUGCUGGGGCUUCAUCACUCCUCAGGUUUCUGGAUCGUCAACAUUGUCUUCCCGCCCAACGCCAAACCCAAAGUACCAAGCAACAGCACUCCACCACUCAUUAUCGUACCAGGGAACUUGGGGAACCGUCUGGAAGCUAAAAUAGACAAGCCCACCCUGGUCCACUGGAUGUGCUACAAGAAAACUGAACACUGGUUCCCCUUGUGGAUUGACCUCAACAUUUUCAUGCCUAUUGGUGUAGACUGCUGGAUUGAUAACAUUAGACUUGUUUACAACCAGACGACUCGGCGGUCAUCCAACUCACCAGGGGUGCAGGUGCGAGUGCCAGGAUUUGGGCAGACCUAUCCCAUUGAGUUUCUUGACUAUAACAAACUGGCUGGUUAUUUUUACACUAUGGUGCAACAUCUGGUCAAUGUUGGCUAUACCCGCAAUGAGACAGUCCGAGGAGCACCGUAUGAUUGGAGAUUAGCUCCUAAUGAGAAUGCAGAGUAUUUCACAAAGCUGCAGGAUCUGGUUGAGGAUAUGUACGAACAGUACCAGCAUCCUGUUUACCUGCUGGGACACAGCAUGGGCUGCCACUACGUCCUCUACUUUCUCAACCACCAGCCUCAGGCCUGGAAGGACAAGUACAUCAAGGGCUUCAUUUCCCUGGGAGCUCCAUGGGGGGGUGCUGUUAAACCACUUAGAGUCCUGGCAUCGGGUGAAAAUGAUGGCAUUCCGAUGAUUUCCAACAUCAAGAUCCGUGAGGAGCAGAGGAUGACAACAACUAAUCCUUGGAUGCUGCCAUCUGAGGAAGCCUGGCCAAAGGAUCACGUGUUCAUCUCCACACCGACCUUUAACUACACCAACCAGGACUACCAGCGCUUCUUCAGAGACAUCGGUUUUGAGGACGGCUGGUACAUGUGGGAGGAUACCAGGAACCUCACUGGUGAUCUCCACCCACCUGGUGUUGAGGUGUGGUGUAUGUAUGGCGUGGGGCUUCCCACUCCUAUAACCUACAUUUACGACGAGGAGUUUCCCAAUGUGGACCCAGUGGAUUUUGUUUACGCCGAUGGGGACGACACAGUGGACAGCUUUAGCAUGAGUCUUUGCAAACGUUGGAUGGGGCAGCAGGAGAAGCCUGUCCAUGUUACAGAAUACCGAGGUCUGACCCACCUUGAUAUAGUGUUCCAUGAGAAGGUGCUCAACCAAAUCCAGCAUAUCCUGGAGGGCAAAUCGGAUACACCUCAAGAGGUUGAUGUCAGAUCAGGAGCUAAAUCACAAAAAAACAGCGUUUAAGAGGUUAAAAACAAAAUAAAAUUGGAAUG